CACACACCACAUUAUCUGCUCUCUCUCUCUCUCUCUAAUACACACCCAGACACACCCACAAACGCACGCGCAUUCUCUGCUCUCUUCCAUGGCCACCCUCCAAGACAUAGGCGUGUCGGCAUUCAUAAACAUCCUCACCGCCUUCGCCUUCCUGCUCGCCUUCGCCCUGCUCAGGCUCCAGCCCGUGAACGACCGCGUCUACUUCCCCAAAUGGUACCUCGACCGCGCCAGGACGAGCCCCAGGCGCUCCGCCAACUCGGUCGGCAAGUUCGUCAAUCUCGACCCCCGGACCUACCUCACUUUCUUGAACUGGAUGCCUCAGGCCAUGAGGAUGAGCGAGGACGAGAUUGUCCGCCAUGCGGGGCUCGAUUCUGCUGCUUUUCUCAGGAUUUACACUCUUGGCUUAAAGAUUUUUGUGCCGAUCACAAUCAUUGCGCUUCUCAUUCUUAUUCCGGUCAAUGUAUCAAAUGGAACAUUAUCCUUUUUGAAGAGAGACUUGGUUAUGAGUAACAUUGACAAACUCUCUAUAUCAAAUGUCCGUCCUCGAUCAAUAAGGUUCUUCAUUCAUAUAGCAUUGGAGUAUCUGUUCACCAUAUGGACUUGUCUCAUGCUUUACAAGGAAUAUGACAAUGUAGCAUCAAUGAGGCUUCAUUUCCUGGCUUCACAGGGAAGACAUGUUGAUCAGUUCACCGUAGUGGUUCGAAAUGUGCCUCGUGUUCUUCGCCAGUCAAUAUCAGAUACUGUUGACCAUUUCUUUCGAACUAACCACCCAGAGCACUAUCUUUGUCACCAAGGCGUGUACAAUGCCAAUAAAUUUGCUGAACUUGUGAGAAAGAGAGACAGUCUUCAGAAUUGGCUAGACUAUAAUCAGCUCAAAUUUGAAAGGCAUCCGGAGAAGAGACCAACUAAAAAGAAAGGUUUUUGUGGGCUUUGGGGAGGGCAAGUAGAUUCAAUUGACUACUACAAGCAGCAGAUAAAAGACCUCGAGAAAAGAAUGGCCAUGGAGAGGCAGAAAGUUGUUAAAGAUCCGAAGUCUAUCCUGCCAGUUGCCUUUGUGUCCUUCAAUUCACGUUGGGGCGCGGCAGUUUGUGCACAGACACAACAAAGCAAGAAUCCAACCCAAUGGUUGACCAACUGGGCCCCAGAACCCCGUGAUGUUUACUGGAAGAACUUAGCCAUACCAUUCUUUUCACUGAGCAUUCGGAGACUUGUGAUAUCCUUGGCAGUCUUUGCUCUGGUGUUCUUUUACAUGAUACCAAUUGCUUUUGUCCAAUCUCUUGCCAACUUGGAUGGACUUGAAAAAGUUGCUCCUUUCCUCAGGCCAAUGAUAGAACUGAAAUUCAUCAAGUCAUUCCUACAAGGUUUCCUCCCCGGUCUUGCUCUCAAAAUCUUUUUGUACCUUCUUCCUAAAGUUUUGAUGCUAAUGUCAAAAAUUGAGGGACACAUAUCGUUGUCAAUGUUGGAGAGGAAAACAGCAUCAAAGUUCUACUUUUUCAUGUUGGUGAAUGUCUUUCUGGGAAGUAUAGUGACUGGAACAGCUUUUGAGCAGCUCUAUGCUUUUCUUCAUCAAGCACCUACGCAGAUUCCUAGAACCAUUGGGGUGUCAAUACCUAUGAAGGCCACUUUCUUCAUCACAUACAUAAUGGUGGACGGAUGGGCUGGCAUUGCCGGCGAAAUUCUCCGUUUAAAGCCAUUGAUUAUAUUCCAUCUCAAGAAUAUGUUUUUGGUAAAGACAGAGAGAGACAGGGAGAAGGCGAUGAAACCUGGAAGCGUGGAUUUUCCAGAGACUCUCCCUAGUCUUCAACUUUACUUUCUUUUGGGGAUCGUUUAUGCUGUGGUUACUCCGAUUCUUCUGCCAUUCAUACUAGUCUUUUUUGCUUUUGCAUAUCUAGUAUACCGUCAUCAGAUAAUUAAUGUCUACAAUCAACGCUACGAGAGUGCUGCAGCAUUCUGGCCACACGUUCAUAGUCGGAUAAUUGCUGGCUUACUAAUAUCUCAGCUUCUUUUGUUGGGGUUGCUCAGUACUAAAAAGGCUGCUAACUCCACUCCUCUGCUUGUUAUUUUACCGAUACUUACACUGUCCUUUCACAAGUACUGCAAACAUCGAUUUGAGCCAGCUUUCGGAAAGUAUCCACUGGAGGAAGCCAUGGCUAAAGACAUAGCAGAACCGGAGGCAGAACUGGGCCUAAACUUGAAGGCUUACUUAGCCGAUGCCUACUUACACCCGAUUUUCCGGUCCUUUGAAGCGGAGGAAGAGGAGUUAGUUGAGGUCCCAUUACAUCAAUUGCCAUGAGACGGAUCCCCCUCGUAUAAUUUCUCUCCAUACAAGGCCGAGGGCUAUCAUUGACGGGUUCUACAGAUGAAGUCUAACCGAUUGUUUCAAGAAGAACUCGACAUCCGUCAUCGCUUAUUUGGAUGAUAGAUUGUCGCGCUUUUUUUCAUGUUGCUUGUUUACUAAUUUAUUAGUCUCUCUGUCAUAUGUAUGAUGCAAAUAGUUUGCAAUAUCUUCUGGAGAUAAAUUUACUUUGACUCA